AUGACCCUCUGGCCGUUCCAGCAUGUGGUGUGCCAUUCUAUUGCUUAUCACAGACUUUUCGUUGCACCCAGAUGCUCCACGGCUUACUGCUUAUGGGUCCUCGCUGUUAUCACUUUGGUGGUUGUGCCUUUAUUCGCAACAUUCGCAGCCGACAACGUGUGGGUUAAGGAAAGCUUCUACAGGGUUCAGCCUGUGGUGACCUUCGCAAACGAGCUCUAUGUUUUGAUUGGUGGCAACACCACAGAAACCAUGGUCGGUUGGAGUACCCAGCCGCAGCUCCAAGUAUUGCUUCCGAAGCAGGUGAAAGUGCCAACCGUGCGUUCAAGCACAGAGGAUACGAACCGUGACGGCAUUGCCGACACUUUGCAGCUGUCGCUGGAUUUUCCAUCAGAAGGGAAAACCUACCGCAGCGUCCUCCUGUUGGCGGUCUAUGACGUGCAGAUUCAGGGCAAGGUGGCAGAGCAGCUCAGCAGCCUCGUGGCGCUGGACAUCUCCAGCCCGUACGCAUCCUCGGGGCUCUGGGUCCAUGGCCAGCUGUCAUUCAGGCAGAAGCUGCCCUUAUACCAGAGCCCUGAGGCGCGCCAGGUGUAUGCGGACAGCCCGCUGAACGUGAACUGGAGGUCCAAUUGGAUUCCGGACAGGCAGCCGUUGUCGCUGGAAGAGCUUCUGUCCCGCUAUGCACAGAGGAAUGAAACAGUGAUGUUUGAGCCCCUGGUCCCUCCCAUGUGGGACUACACGCCCAGGCAAAGUUUCCGAAUCCAGAUGACGAUGGAUGUGCACCCACAGCUGGUCUACUACGUACCUCUGGCCUCAGAGGUUUUGAAGCUGGCGUGGGUGCAAGUCCUGGCAUUCCUGAUCCCAACCUGGGUGGUGGUGGAGUGGCUCAAGGCCAGGCUGCUGGAGUUGCAAGGCCUUGUCCGACGGAGUGAAGAUCACCUCUUGCAGCCGUGUUCAAGACACAAGUUAGUCCAGUGA